AAGUUUUCUUUGAAUUUUCUUCCCCUAAACUCACUUGCAACCGGCGCAUGCGCAAGUCUCGCAUAGCAUUAGGAUUUCCAUUCGCCGCUAAAUACCGAAGUCUUCCAUCAGUAUUUGCUCUGUGAGGUCUCGCUCGAAUGGAGAGGGAGCAACUCAGAGGCGUGGUGAUCAUCUCCCUCCCUCCUCCCGGCGAUCCAAACAAGGGAAAGACCAUAACCGCCUUCACCAUCUCCGACAACCACGACCACCUCCAGCAGCAGCUGGGGGCGGCGACGACGGUAUCGCCAUCUGCGGCAUCACAGUCGGCGGCGGCAGUUCAGACAUCUCUCCUUCCUCUUAGGGCCAAGAGGGCCAUUGCAGCAGUGCUCGGUCUCUCCCUUCUCCUUCUCUCCCUUUGGGCCUGCCUCUUUUCUGAACUCCCCGUACAGCUUCUCCAAGGGCAGGAGGAGGACGGACGCUCCCGCUACUCCUCUAUCUUGCUUCCCCUCUAUUCCAAGUCUAGAGCUCAUGAAACUGCUGGCGGUGGAGGGCCUUCUCCUUCUCUGUUUGCCGGUGUGAAGCUGGCUAAGGUUUCUGUCACAAAUUCAUCGUCUGUGAUUCCCAUCCGAGGCAAUCUUCUCCCCGAUGGACAGUACUAUACAUCUGUAUUUGUUGGGAAUCCUCCGAGACCCUAUUUCCUUGAUGUUGAUACUGGCAGUGAUUUAACAUGGAUUCAAUGUGACGCUCCUUGUGUUAGCUGCACUAAGGGACCUCAUCCAUGGUACAGACCAGUAAAAAAUAAAAUAGUUCAACCGGAGGAUUAUUUAUGUCAAGAAAUUCAACAAACUCAGAGCCAUUGGUCUUGUGAUUCAUGUCAGCAAUGCGACUAUGAGGUAGAAUAUGCAGAUCACAGCUCCUCCAUGGGAGUUUUAACAAGGGAUGAAAUGCAGCUAAUGAUGUCAAAUGGUGACAAAGCUAAAGUGAAUUUUGUUUUUGGGUGUGCAUACGAUCAACGAGGCCGGUUCUUGAAUUCUCCGGUGAAAACUGAUGGGAUCCUUGGACUGAGUAGUGCCAAAGUUAGUCUCAAUUCUCAACUGGCAAGUCAAGGGAUCACCAAUAAUGUUGUUGGACAUUGUAUUAGUGGUGGAACUGAAGGUGGUGGAUAUAUGUUCUUUGGAAAUGACUUUGUACCUCGGUGGGGUAUGACUUGGGUUCCCACUAAAAAUGGUCUCACGAAUUUUUAUGGUACUCAGGUUCGGGGAGUUGUCUACGGGAGCAAACAAAUCAGUGUGGGAGAGAAGGGUGGGAAUGCAUAUCUUACAGUUUUUGACUCAGGCAGCACUUACUCGUUCUUUCCGCAUGAAAUAUAUUCCAAUCUUAUUAACUCCUUAGAUUAUCACUCUUAUGGUCUCAUACCAGAUAGCUCAGACCCGUUGCUGCCUGUAUGUUGGCGAGAUAGCUCUCCAAGAUCCAUCGCAGAUGUGAAACAAUUUUUUGAGCCCAUAAUCCUGCAUUUUGGGAAAAGAUGGAAAUUUCUGCCAACAACCUUAACUAUUCUGCCUGAAGAUUAUCUGAUAAUCAAUAAUAAAGGAAGUAUUUGCCUGGGCAUACUUGAUGGCAGUGAAGUGCUUGAUGGAGGAACUAUCAUCUUGGGAGAUAUCUGGCAUCGUGGUAGAUUGGUUGUAUAUGAUAAUGUGCUGCUGAGGAUCGGAUGGGCUCAAUCUGACUGUGUCAAGCCUCAGAAACCCAGGGACUUCCCUUUCCUUUUCUAAUACCCAUAAAACAAUUUCAAAAUCACUCAAGUGGGCCCCACGCUGGUUUUCUGCCAAAAUGCUGCUUGAAAUACUUAAUUUUUGAUGCACCACCAUUUUCUUUAUCCUAAGGCAGGCCUGUACUAUUUCUGUACUGUUCAUAACCUGUUUCUACUCUGCAGCUGAAUAAAUAUAUGCAGGAUAUUAUCUCCUGCAACGCCAGAGAUAUCUACAGAUUCUGGCAAAGCAAUAUUAAUUGAUAAUUAUUAAUAUACAUUUUAUUAUGAUUAUGCAUUCAUCUGUAUCUUAUUUUUCUGCGCCAGAUUAUUGCGCAGACGGCACAUGCAUCGCGCGUGCGCCGUCCAAUGAAUUUUUAUUUUAAAUUAAAAAAAAAAGUUUAAAAGUGAGCUCACUGACAUACAUUUUUUGGUAAAGGGGAAGUUUUUAUUGGCCCACCGCACGUAUCUCUACGUGCGGUGGGCG